AUGAAGAGUGCCUUCACUAUGGAACUUGAUGAUGAGUUCCCUUGUCCUACUGAAAAUGAUGAAUCCGACAGUGAAGAUGAGAACACAGCAAUGCUCUCUCAGUGGACAAGCCAACCACUUUCACAUUUUGAAGGAUGGAUUGGGUGUGCUGCUCAUCAGCUACAGUUAGUAGUACAUGAUGGCUAUAAAGAGCUUUUAAAUUACCGUAGAGUUCAAGCUGCAUUUAAAAAGGCGAAGGCUAUAUGUACUCUCUCGCGUCAAUCAAGCCAUUUUCGUUAUGCAUUACAAGAGAAAAGGAUACCUACUGCUAAUGAAACACGAUGGAACUCUUGUAACCACUUAACUCUCACUAUUACUACUACUGAUAAAGAAAAUCUUCAAGGUGUAGUAGAUGUCCUGGAAUACUUUGCUGAAGGAACGGAUAUCCUACAACGGGAAAAUGAACCUACCUCUUGUCGUGUUAUUCCUGUCGUUGACUCUUUAGAAAAUGCAAUUAAUAGUGUUCCAAGAGAUAAUACAGCUAUUAAUGCAUUGUGUGAAGCUCUCAAGAAUAGCUUAGAAAAGCAUUUCAGAUACUUACUUGACUCUGCAGUUCAUCAAGCAUCAACUGCCCUUGAUCCGAGAAUCAAACUCACUUUUACAAACAGUCAUACUGAAGGCAAGUUUUUCAAGUUUUAUCCAACCACUGUAAAGGAUAAAAUCAAAGAACUUUUACCUCAAACUGAUUCUAUUGCUCCGCCUACUACUGAAGCUGUAUCUACACCCACUACUAAUGAUAUUCCUUUAGAUUUAGAAGCACAGCCACAAAAGAAGAAACGUCUCUUAGAUUUCAGCAGUGUUGUAGUCCAUGGCAGUUCUACUAAUGAAAAUGAUGUCGAAUUACAAGUGUACUUUGAUCACCCUACAUUAGAUAUGAAACCGUUAACUUUUUGGUGUGAGCGAAAGGUUACAUCAUUAUCUACUUUAGCAUUACAAUUACAUUCAGUACCAUCGAGUUCUGCACCAGUUGAACGCCUUUUUUCAAAAGCUGGGAUUGUUUUAAGUCAGAGACGAACUCGUUUGAAAAAUGAACAAUUAGAACAAUUACUUUUCUAUAAAUAA